CCAUAUACGAUGGGUUGAAAAACUAUAUAUGGCCUUCUAUAGGAGGCCUCUCGACUUCGACACCGUCGUUAGGGACUAGUGCAUAUUCGAACCAUCGCCAUGAAAUAUGCUUGUACCAGCGAAACGUUACGUCACCCCCCAAGAUUGGUCUAGACGGCGAGCAGUUAUCCUAAGGCUGUAUCUCAAUGAGGACAAGACGGUCGAAGAAGUCAAGUCGUACAUGGAGGAACAAUAUGACUUCUUUGCUACCAUUUCGAUGUACAAGAAGAAACUCUCUUCGUGGAACGCAUUCAAAAACCUCCGCCUCGACGAAGUCCUUCAGAUUCUUUACCUGAAAAAACAUCGCGACGCGGCUCAGAAAGCCUCUGUGUUUUUUAUUCGGAAUCGAGAAGUAGACUAUAGCAAUCUACAAGUAUACCUGUCUCGGAACCCCUCUGUUUUUGCAAGGCUGGAAGCUGGGGCAACACCCAGCCCAGAAGCAAUCCGAGAUGUAACCUGUCGGACCCCUCCUACAUCGCCAGUUACUUUAAUUUCCGGACGGUUUUCGCCAUUACCUGUAUGCCCGGCGCCACUGGUCCUUUGCAAUAGACUUCUUCCUGUAUCCGAGGAUUUAUUUCGAGCAAUUCGGAUCCACCUAGACCUCUGUUUUAACACUGGCCUUUGGUCUUGGUCGGAUAGCAGUUGUUGGAACACCCGUGGUCAAUAUGGACCUUCAGCACUUCUGAGUUCGGUGAUCGACAGAUGUAUAACCGCAGGGCUUUCCAUCUCUCGCCAGGUGGAGCCUGUCGCGGUUCGGCGCGCGCUUGAUCCCCCCUUUGCGAUGCUAAUUAGAGUAUUUAGGAAUCCUCCGCCCCUCCUCAUACCAAAACUACUUUCAGCUGCUCUCCACCUGGCCCGGAUUGGAAGAAGAGAAAUACAGAUUUUGCUCUUACAAUUUUGUCGAGAUAUUGCGAGGGCAAUAUUCGGCCCCCAUCAUCCCCUUGCAAAGUUCUGGGAAAGCCUUGUGGCUAUCCCCCAUCCCGAACAACAAGAUGCAAUAGAGCGUAUCUUGGUUUUAUGUACCUCCGAGUACGAUAAGCGAUUGGGGCCAACUCACCCUUUAACUAUGGAAGCUUAUCUACAGUAUUUUGAUGCCAUAGUAAGGGAGAAGGACCCAGAGGAACAACUACAGAGCCUACAACAUCAAUUGGAAAAAGUCGAUAGUCGCGUCACCGAUGGGCCCCUGCUCGGUUUGCUUAAAUUGGAACAUACAUUAGCAACUUGCAAGGUGAAAUUGGGACAGCAACUUUUGGAUGAGGCCGAAGAGGUACUAUCUCGUUUCGAGUCGAGCUUGAUCACAGCUAGGGAAGAAUCUUUCCGUUACGUUUGGCUUGGCUACGUUCAAUGUAUUAAGGGGGAUUUUUCGGCAGCUGAACAAUCAUAUAAAAACUCCGUACUGGCUGCGAGGCAAACAGGCUCACGAGACUGUGUGCUUGAAGCUUUAUUUCAGCUCGAAACGUUCUUCCUACACGCCGGAAAACCACUGGCAGCUGAAAAAGUUCGUACCGAGCGAUUUCAUGUGCUUCAUAGAUUGGCCACACUUGCCUGGGUGGACCAAGAAAAUGCGAUAUCCUCCGAAUCGUCUAGUUCAAGACCUACGGUAACAAUCAUCCGCAUUGGCUCUGGCGAAAGCAGUGACACGUGGCGUCCUUCAGCAUUCACCGAGACGGCUGAUCACGUUGAAGGAUUAGAUUUUGUGUCUUGAUAAGUGUAUGGACGGAGGAGCGUUGCCACCAAACCACUCAGCAUCCAUGAUCACAGGUCACCAGUGUGGACCGCUUGAUAUAAUGGCUUUUGUGUUUUUUUUUCUCUUGGAGGGAUACACCAACAUACCUACUUGCUAGGUACCUUAUCUAUCUACCCACAUCUAACCUUGAAUUUAUAAUUUUUCUUACGUCAAGCCCUCUCGCGCUAUUUUGAGCAUACUCA